AUGGAUGACCUCACAGUCACACAACCAAUGGGAUUGGUUCUCGUUCGCGCCGCGUUGGCCGGCAUCUCAGCCGAUAUGAAGAAGACCAUCGAGAAGAUGAAGAACAAGAUCAAUUUGAGCGCUCAGUUGCCAUUCACUCAUACCGUAAAAUCAAGCAUUGAUUCACUUGAAAUUGAAUUAUUAAGCAUCUAA